AUGUCUCAGCCAAAAAUCAAAGCAGUCUUUUUCGACUUCAUGGGAACAUGCCUCGACUGGCACAGCAGCGUAGUGCAAGCACUACCCGCAGCAAUCCCCAAAGACGAAGCCUCAAAGUUUGCCCUAGAAUGGCGCAGACAAUAUUUCCUAGAGAACAGCAAGCGUGUCAGCAACAAUCUUCACCCAGAAGAUAUCGAUAUCACCCUUGCCCGCACCCUGGAAGCUCUCCUCGACCAGUCACCUGACCACAAACCGCACUUCGACGCCGAGACGAACAAGAAAAUCAUUGAAGCAUGGCAUUCGCAGAAGGCAUGGCCUGAAGUCUCCGAUGCAAUCAAGAGUCUGCGACAAGAUCUCGGGUUGGAAGUCUUCGUCCAUGCGAAUGGUACGACACGGCUACAGUUGGACUUGACUCGGUCUUCUGGGUUGGAAUUCAACAUGCUAUUUUCUAGUCAGUUGUUGGGUGCUUAUAAGCCCCGUCCUGAGGCUUAUCAGAAGGGGCUGGAGCUUGUGAAGCUUCGUCCCGAGGAGGUGGUUUUGAUUGCGGCUCAUGCGUAUGAUCUGCGGGGUGCGCAGAAAUGUGGAUUGAGAACUGUGUAUGUUCAUCGGUGGACUGAUGAUAUUGAUGAAGAUAUGGAGGUGGUCAAGAAAGAAUUUGAUGUGUUCUUGGAGAAUAUGGAUGAUCUUGCUGGUGCCAUUCGGGGAUUGUGA